CGGGCUGCCUGCUGGCGGCGCGGCCUCCGAGCCGCGGGCGGUGGCGCUUCGCGGCGCUCGCGCGGCAGGCGGCCGGAAGAGAGCGAAGGAGCGAGGGAGCGAGGGAGGAGAGGGGGCGCCGAUGACGACGAGAGGGGAGACGGGCGGAGGAGGCGCCUACUCCGAGGCCCUGACAGCCCGUGGGGGGCGACGCCACUGCACCCAGCCUCGGCGCCACAGGGGGGGCACCUGAGCGAACCGGUGCGCUUUUCGCACACCCGGACUGGGAGUGGCCGCACUGCCCCCGGACCGCGCUCCCCGGGGGCCGCCGCAGGACCCCAUGACGCCGACCCCGAGGCGGGCCCACGCUGCUGCCCGCCCGCACCAGCGCCGGGCGCAGGGCGAGCGAUCCCGACGGGGGGGGCGGCAGCAGGCGCCCGAGCAGCCACCCCGAAGCGGCGCCAGCGGCGCGGAUGCCCCACGGCACGGCCUCGGGCGCCGCCGCCCCGCGAGCAGGGCGGGCCCCCUCCCGCAACGAGAGGCAGCGCGGCGGAGGACCGCGGCGAGGAGCCGCAGGCCUCCGCCCAGCAGCGCCACCGAGGCGGCGGGCAGAGGUCGUCUGGCAUGAGCCCAGCAGCCGCCCUUGCCGAACUGCCGAGGGUGGGUGGCCGCCCAGGCGUCUUCCUUGUUGAACGCGCCGAGGACGGGCGGGCUCCGCGCAGGCGGACGCCGCAGCCACCACCGCCACAGCGAGGUGUGCUGUCGGGCUGA